GCGAGGAGCCUUGUGGGUAAUGAAGUCCAACGGGGUGACACAAUGUGCGUUCUUGUAUACAGGCUAUCAAAGGGAUUCUACUACAUUUCCCACAAGACACCGCGCGUUGUUUGAGGUGUGUGAGCGAGAGGGAGGAAGAUUAGAGGAAUUCGUAUGCAGACUUGGAGCUGCGCUGUUGCAAAAAUAAUGGCCCAGCAGUCCAGCUAGCUGCUAGCUUUAUCUGUGGGUGUGUGUGCUUUGUGUUAUGAGCAGCAGUAAGACGCCUCGCUACAACCGAUACUCCGGAGGAGCAGUAGCCACAGCAGCCGUCCCCAGCAGCCCCUCGACCCCCCCAGCAGACUCCGGCAGUGGGAGCAGGAUGGAGGCCUCAUUUGGUCCCACCUUCUCAGCCGUGGCUGCUGGAGCUAAAGCAGAGGGGUCCAGCAGCUACAAGCAGCACCGUAGAACUCCCUCGUCCUCCAGCACCCUCACAUACUCCCCCCGCGACGACGACGAUGGAAUGCCUCCCAUCGGCACUCCCCGGAGGUCUGACUCGGCCAUCUCAGUCCGAUCCCUCCAUUCAGAGUCCAACAUGUCUCUGCGCUCCACAUUUUCUCUGCACGAAGAGGAGGAGGACACGGAGCCCCAGGUGUUUGCAGAGCAGCCGUCAGUAAAACUGUGCUGCCAGUUGUGUUGUAACGUCUUCAAGGACCCAGUCAUCACCACAUGCGGGCACACCUUCUGCAGACGAUGUGCCUUGACUUCAGACAAGUGCCCCGUGGACACGGCUAAGCUAACAGUCGUGGUGAACAACAUCGCGGUAGCCGAGCAGAUCGGAGAGUUGUUCAUCCACUGUAAAUAUGGCUGCCGUGCGACAAACAGCAGCGUAGGUGGUGCCACAGCCUCGGCUGCGACGGUGGCCGGGAAACCUGGAGCGUAUGAAGUUGAUCCGCUGGGCUGCCCGUUCACCAUCAAACUGUCCACACGCAAAGAACACGAGGUGAGUUGUGACUACAGGCCAGUCCGGUGCCCUAACAACCCCUCCUGCCCUCCGCUGCUCACCAUGAACCUCGAGGCUCACCUCAAAGAGUGUGAGCACAUCAAAUGUCCCCACUCCAAAUAUGGCUGCACAUUCAUCGGUAACCAGGACACAUAUGAAACCCACCUGGAGGUGUGCAAGUUUGAAGGACUGAAGGAGUUUCUGCAGCAGACAGAUGACAGGUUCCAUGAGAUGCAGCUGACCCUGGCCCAGAAGGACCAGGACAUCGCUUUCCUUCGCUCCAUGCUGGGCAAGCUGUCUGAGAAACUAGACCAGCUAGAGAAGAACCUGGAGCUCAAGUUCGACGUGUUGGAUGAGAACCAGAGUAAGCUGAGCGAGGACCUGAUGGAGUUUCGCAGAGAUGCCUCCAUGCUGAACGACGAGCUGUCCCACAUCAACGCCAGGCUCAACAUGGGCAUUUUGGGCUCGUACGACCCCCAGCAGAUCUUCAAGUGUAAGGGGACGUUUGUCGGCCACCAGGGCCCCGUCUGGUGUCUGUGUGUCUACUCCACUGGAGACCUGCUUUUCUCUGGGUCCUCAGAUAAGACCAUCAAGGUGUGGGACACCUGCACCACCUACAAGUGCCAGAAAACCCUUGAAGGGCACGAUGGCAUUGUACUGGCACUGUGUAUCCAGGGAAACCGGCUAUACAGCGGCUCUGCAGACUGCACCAUCAUAGUGUGGGACAUCCAGACCCUGCAGAAAGUGAAUACUAUCCGUGCGCAUGACAACCCUGUCUGUACGCUGGUCUCCUCCCACAACAUGUUGUUCAGUGGCUCCCUCAAGGCCAUCAAGGUGUGGGACAUUGUGGGUACGGAGCUGAAGCUGAAGAAGGAGCUGACUGGUCUGAAUCACUGGGUCAGAGCGCUGGUGGCCUCCCAGAACCACCUGUACAGCGGCUCCUACCAGACCAUCAAGAUUUGGGACAUCCGGUCUCUGGAGUGUGUUCAUGUCCUGCAGACCAGUGGGGGCAGCGUCUACUCCAUCGCCGUCACCAACCACCACAUCGUCUGUGGCACCUACGAAAACCUCAUCCAUGUGUGGGACAUUGAGUCUAAGGAGCAGGUUCGCACUCUGACAGGUCACGUGGGAACGGUGUACGCUCUGGCUGUCAUCUCCACCCCGGACCAGACCAAAGUCUUCAGCGCCUCCUAUGACCGCUCACUCAGGGUGUGGAGCAUGGACAACAUGAUCUGUACCCAGACCCUGCUGAGACAUCAGGGCAGCGUCACGGCUCUAGCCGUCUCCAGGGGGCGCCUCUUCUCCGGAGCUGUGGACAGCACCGUCAAGGUGUGGACGUGUUAGAGGAGCGGUUAGCUCAGCAGCUGCCCAGUCAGCCCUCAAACAGACUUCACAUUUUUAUGUGUCAGAAGGACCCUUAUGAACUUUAACAAGAUGAACUUUAACCUUUUCACACGGUUUUCUUCUCCACACCCGUUUCUCUGAUUGUGAUUCUUCAGCCACAGACCAGUAACCGCCACUUAAGGAUCCAGCUGCAUCUAAGCUAUUUUACUUAAGUGUUACUUUAUAAACUUAAAAAAAAAAAAAAAAUCCCUCUGACCUUGACCUCAUAGUUUGGGUCAUGGGGUCAAGUCGGGGCCACACUCCUCGUGACCUCAGCACCAGUGCAUUAUUGGACAAAACGGGACGAGCUGCCUUACGCUUGCACCAACCACGACGCUGCACCAAGCCAGGCUCUUCUCUGAUUGGACGCUGCUUCCCUCGAAUCAACGCAGCAAGCAGAGAGGAUUAUAGGCAGACCGUAGACUGUCCUGCCUGCUUUUUGUGAACGCAGCUGCCACUGAGGAACUGUACUGAUGAUGCCUAUAACAAAAAGUAAAAAUAAGUACAGGCUGGUUUCACAGAGCGGGAGGCCACGGUUUGCAAUGUCUGUUUUCUCCAGAGCAGGAUCCCAGAAUGCACAAGAGCAAAGAAAAUCACUGAGGUUCCGUCUGCCUCAUGAAGACCAGGUCACUUUAUUUAAAAUAAAGUGGUGGUGGUCGUGUAAUUUUACUUUUUCAUACUUUAUUCCUGUUGGGAAAGUCCUCUGGUUUGCUCCAUCUAGAGAUCAUGGUUCAGGUAGAAGAUGAAGCUCGGUGUGUCUACUCUCUACCGCAACCAGCUGGGAAACUUUGCUCCAGUCUGAGCCAGAUGAAAGUCUGAGAUAGGAAGUUCACAUUUAGGUCAAAUCAUGUGUGUAAAUCAUUUUUAGUUUUUGUGUUAUUGUGCUUGGAGCACCGGAUGUGUGAGAUCCCUAGAAACAGGACACUACAAGUGCCAGAAAGCUUAGACAAUGACGGGAAAAUUUUUCAGAGCUUGGAUGUUUUAUUUUCUGUGAUUGGCAGCUUACCUGACAGCAUUGUCCUGAUGUGGUUUGCCCCGCCCCCCUGGUACUGAACGAAGAUGAAAACAAAUGCAAUGGAAAAUAUGCAGAUCUGUGUUGGACUGAAGACAUGGGUUAAACCUGAGACUGACACAUGGAGAUCAACGGUUAAGUUGAGGCCUCAUGUAAAGGCCAUGGUGUACUUGCUAUAAUACGAAUUUCAGCAGGUUUGGUUUCUGUUUUGGCUCACCGGGCUCUGCAUUGUGCAUGAGCUUGUUGGUCAAACCAGUUGACUUCUUCACCCAGCAGCCCACAGUGCAGGACUGUCUGUGGUGUGUGUAAAAUGUCACAAAAAUGGUUGCGUUCCCUUGUGGAAACGCGUUUCCUUCUCCAGUUCAUUUUUGUUUCCAUCUCUAUGCUAACAUCACGCCAUGAAACCCUUUUUGUAAAUGAACGGUUCACAUUCUCGGCUGGCUAAGCUUGUUCGAGGUUAUCUGCAUUUUAAUGACUGAAGAACCUGCUUUUAAAUCCUCACAUUACCUCAGCUGCUGUUGUAGCUUCUUAGUCUAGAAGCUGCGAGAUUAUGUAGAAGAAUAUAUCUGCUGUGCUACAUUUACGCUAAUUUGUUUGGAUUUCACCCAUUAAUAGAAUGCAUGGCUGGAAAAGGCACUCAAAUGUUGCUGGUUGCCUUUUAGAAAUAAAGUCACCAGGGGGUCCGAAGGUUUCAAAAUAGUCUCGUGACGAAGGUGUCAGCAGUGGCUUUUGUCACUGCUGAUUCCAGUGACUGAGGCACCUCUUAAAUCUUCAUGCACCUCUACGUGUGUUUAGUGUAAAUGAACAAGAAGCAAUGCAGUCAGUAGACACACAUUUGUAUUCAGCAACGUGUUAGACUGUUUCGAGCAAGGCUGACUUCAUUGCAAAUGUACACCACUGUAAGCAGCAGGUUUAACCCAUGUCUGGCCCUCAGAGGGGCGUUUCAUAUUUGAAUCAGACGAUGUCUGGAGGACGGGGAGUUAACAUCUUUACAGUGUUUGUAAAGCGAGAACUCUCCAAAUUCUGGACAGAGGAAUACACACUCCAGUAGGGAUUUGAGGGAGAUACAGACUUUGUGAAUACGUUGUUUUUUCUCCUUGUUAAUCUUGGAGGAGUCACCCAGCUCAUCUCUGUGAAACCAGCCUUUGACGUAUCUUUUAAUAAGUGAACACUUUAAAAUGAGAAGACAGAUCUAUAGAUUUACUGAGUUUUAUAUUAGUGCCAUGAUAGAGCUGUAUCCAGAGCCACCCGAUGGUUGUAUAGUUGUUGAAAGUAACAAAACAAGGACAGUGCCGAAUCUGAACAUGUGCCCAUGAGAAUGACUCACUUUGGCCUACAUAACGAAGAGAGGGAGAGAGAAAAACAACUGUGUGUGUGAGAGUCUGUGUGUGAGUCUGUGUGAGUCUGUGUGUGAGAGUCUGUGUGUAUGUUUAAACGAGUGCCAUAUGUGUGGAUGUGAAGGUAGAAAAAACGAAACUGAUGUGGCAGAUUGUCUUUUUCUCCCCUUCCUCCCCUCUCUCCUCUCUCUGUUUUGCCGUUAACUAACUGGUUAGAAUGAACUGAAGCACUGAUUAACCGACUGUCAUAUGAACUGUGUGUGAGACUGUGUGGACCGGUGCUUUGCCAGGUAGAAGGCCGCCGUUCGCUUCAAGCGCGUUUGUACAAUAAAGCGCCAACACUCCUACAGGCGAGUAGAGAUACUCCACCAUUAAGCUGAAGUCCAAUCCUUCACGUCCUAAGUUACAGUAGAGGACCCACAGUGUAAUUCCUGUGUCCAAACAACAGCAGCAGCGAUAUGUCUUUAUCUGCCUGCUCAGUAUACCUGUGAGAGCUUUCAAGCUUGAAAAUAAUCUAUAUUCACAUGAAAUUCAGACGUACUGAAUUAUUUUGAGCUGAAUUAGGUUUUUGCAAAAUCCUGGCUGUCAUUUCAAGCCAGGUCUGGCCACUACCUUGCCUUGGUAAGCAGGGGAGGAGAGGGAAAGAGAGGAACGUGUCUUCACUGAUCAUGGUUUCAUUGAUUUCUUGUAUACUUGUAAUCACGUAAGCCUAUUUGAUCGUUGAUCAAUAAAACUGUUGUACACUUUG